AUCCGCCAGCCGCGGGGUGCCUUUCCGGGCGCGCCCCUGUGCACCCCCAUCUUCUUCAGAGGGCCGCCUCGUCGCCAGGAGCUGUCUCUCUCCACCCACAGCUGCUGUACAGCUGCAUGAUACUAUUGGUAUUUUCUGUCCUACACCCUUUCCGUACACCACCUCUGUCACACACCUCUCCCCCAGGUCCUUUCUCCUGCUGGAACACCGCAGCCUCAAUGGAGAACGCGCCUCAUGUGGGGACCUAUCCUUCUAGGUUGCAGUGUUCACACUGUAGAAGCUGGUAAUUGUCAGGUGAAGGGAGAGUUCCUGAGUUCCACAAUGUUCUGGACUGUCUGCUCAGUUCACAGACUGGUGACCUAUAUCUUUGUCUAUGAAGAUCUGAUAUCCCUGGUAUGCAGUGGUGUUAUCAUCUGGUACUUUGCUGGCAGCUUUGAGAAGAACGUAGGCACAGUGAAGCAAUGCUUCGUCACCUUUGCCUUCGCCAUUUCUUCGGCCCUGUUGUAUCUCUUAUUUGAGGCUGUUGUCUCUGGGGUGUCAGAGGUGGAAGAUGCCAAAGGAUUUACCCCAGUUGCUUUUGCCAUGUUGGCAGUGUCCACCACGCGUUCACGGAUGCGAAGGGCACCGCUCUUUGGGGUUAAUGUUCCCAUGGUGCUUGUGCCCUGGUUAAUGCUCUGCGUGGCCUGGUUCAUUCCCCACUCCUCUCUCCUGAGUAACGUAUGUGGCCUCAUAGUUGGGAAAGCCUAUGGUCUUGGCUAUUGCUUCUGUUUGGAUCUCCCGGAGUCGGUGAUAUCUAAGCUGGAUCAGAAGCUCCCUUUCAGCCUGCUGAAGAGAAUACCAGGGCUGAAGUAUAUUCCAGGGUCUUUAGCAGAGAGACGAGCCUCCCAGAGUAGGAAGAUUAAUCCAGUGCCAGGUUCAUACCCCACCCAGAGCUCUUCACCUCCAGCCCUUCCUGUGGUUCAGCUGCAGCACCCCAGUGCCCAGAGCGUGGGAUCCUGGCACAACUGCACACCAGCGCACAUCCAUAGUUUCCCCCCAUACCAAACCAACCCUGCCUUCGGGAAAUUCUAUGUGCAGAGCCACUUCGGUGCCUCACCUGGACACUGCUGCCAACCAGCUGAUCCCCACUCCCCCCAAGGUGCAUGUCUGUCUGAUUCUCGGAUACCCAUGGGGAUGGAGAACUUGGAGGCCAAGUUUCCGUACGCAUCAGGUUCCCCUGCAGAGAAAGCGCCAGCUGAGCUUUCAGGAGUCCAAAUACACUGAUCAUCCAAAGAGGAGCCAGGGCCCUUCUCUCGCCGGCCAUUGUGUGAACAGCUUGCAGUGGAGUGCUGCUUAGAAAGGAGACUGCUUUAGAAGGAUUCUUCUGAUUUUAACUGAUGGUGCCUGGGAUGACUGGUGUCAAAUCGGACAGUCGACCAAAGCCCGUGAGUUUUCUGUCCCACUGCAGACUGCUUAUAGACCUUUUUUCCAGGGUUCCGGUUCUUUCUUUUAUUUAUUUUCCUUUUUAAUUUUGAUACAUUUUUUAUCUUGGCUGAAGGCUGUGACCAUUACCUACCUGUCCCUCAUUCUCAUGUGGCGUCCUCACUACACAUUGUGGCUAUAGCCUCAUCAUUCUCUACUACAGCUAGGGUCCUGGUUACAGCAUACUUCUCCCUUGACUCAAUUAUGCUGUAGUGUAGAUGGGCACUAAUGGUCAAAACACUGGACUAGUUGGGUUUUAACCUGACUACAGGGACCCUGACUCAUUUACAGUUGCAGUAUAGCCAGGACCCAUAUGCUGGGUGUCCGGUCACCUGCCUGCUGUGUAACUGACAUGGGUUUAAUUUAACAGCAGUGUUUAAAUGGAGAUGGGGAAGAGAGAGAUCUGGUUUUAUAGUUACGCCUUGGAAAAGGUUGAUGCUGGCAUUGUUGCAGGCGGUGUGUCUGAACGGGUUUGUGUCUCCAUGUGCAUCCAUGGGGAAGUUCUGUGCGCUGUGUUACAUAGGAGGACAGAUAAGAUGAUCACAGUGGUCCUUUCUGGCCUUGGAAUCUGAGCUGAGAUUGGGGGGACGGUGGCGUGAACUAUAUGGUGGCGUUUUCUGCCACGCAGAAUAGCUGCUGUUCCAUCUGCUAGAGUCUCUAAUUAGCAUCAGCCAUGCGGGCUGCCUUCCCCAAUCAUGUUGCUGUCACGUAGUCUCCACGGCAGGCACCUACAGUAAUUCUGCAUGCUGCCCACAAUGCCAGCUUUGAGUCAUGAGGCUGUCCUGGCUAUUUGCAAAAGGGGUGGGUGAAUCUUAUUUAAGGGAUUCAGGAUAUUCACAGGGAGUAUGAGGGUAGACUUAAGCUACUGUAUAUAAAUUAAUACAUUCCAAGGCUUGAGAAGGGCUUUUAAAAUGAACAGGGCUGAAUCAAAUGGAAUUUAGCUGUGACCCUUCUAUGCAGCAUUUGAUGAGCUUUUAGAAUGGUCUUUGGUGCCAAAGUUAGUAUUGGAGACAACUAACAUAAGCAGGGGGUUGUGGGAGGUGUCUGCUAGUUAGAUCAGCGUGCUGGGACUCAAAAGAUCUGUGUUCUAGUCCCAGCUCUGUCAUUUCUCACUGAAUUAUCCUGGAUGGAAAGUUCAUUAAUCUGUUUGUUUCCCCAUCUUUUAAAUGGGGAUAACUUCUGGCUCCUAGAGGGAGGUGAAAUUUGCUUCUUAUUUUAAGGUGUGUUGAAGUACUUAGUUUUCACUUCAUUCAACAUCUUUUCUAUCAUCGUAAUUCACCGUGCCUAACAUUGCUAUAGGCACCAGAGUAAAAGAAAACUGCACAUCAGAGAGAAUAUGAUGGUUUCUAUUCUGGUCCGCAUCAGGAUUCUUGGGUCAGGCGAGAAGGGCUGGAUUAGGUGCGAACAUCAAUAUUUAUAGAUCACCUACUCCUAAAUUUUCAUCCUGUCAGUGUCUGAAAGGGCAAGGUGCCUUUGUGUUGAUGCUCCGCUACCAGCUAUUAAUGGGAAUAUCAUAGGUGACUGGCAAUCACCUUAGGAAGACAGAGACAUUGAGAGAAGACUGAGGUACAAACUUAGAAGCUUGUGGGCCAGGGUUGGAAUAGCAAGGGGAGUCGCAUGGGAAGAUGGAGGUCCCUGGGCAGAGCUCUCUGGAGAAGAUGUGGCUGGUCACAGAACCUGUGUGUGUCACUGCUGGAGAUGGCUGCUGUUACCAUCUCGUUCACGAACACCACAAUUCACUGUGUGCCACCCCAUUUUAAAAGGUGACUUGUGUGAUGGCGUACCUCUUCCCUAGGAGCUGGAAGCAUUUCUGCUGUGAUUGUAUUUAAUGCAGGGUGACAGAUGAGAUGCUUUUCUAGAAUUUUUGUUCUGAUUUUGUUUAAAAGCCUAGAAGAAACACUAGAGAUAGGGAUAAAAUCGGGGGCGGGGGGGGGGGGGGUGACCACUGUCAGUCUCAAACAUGCCUAUAUUUCUACCCUAUCAUUGGUCACUGACAGGUGUGAGGCCUUUUGCCUACAAACCAAUAGGCAAUAUUCAAAAAUAUUUCCAGAUGCUAUAGCAUAGAGAUGAGCAUUGGUACUGGCUGCUUUAUAUACAUUUCCUUGUCAAAUGUAACCUUUUAGUUUAAUUUGAAAAGCAAACGACUUAGUAGCCUCAUCUGAUUUCCUGGCCAAAAACAAAACCUGGAGUGUCUUCUGUAAUGUCUGGGGAUCACAUUGAUGGAGCCCAGUGAAGGCUGCUAGCUCUGUUAGUUGGUGAAGAGACAGACCCACUGGUGAACAUUGGUACUGCAGAGGUAAUAGGGAACAUUCACCCAUCUCGUCAUUGCUGACUGCAGUGUCUGACAGACAUCAUCUAAUGGUAUAUGCUCAUGGAAAGGCAUAUCCACUAAAAUACUGACUUGUAAAAGUUGCUCCCAUGUCAGUUGCUGUGAGAGCAGUGAAGGACAUCCCCAAGGUAUAACGAGUUUGCAAAAAUUCAGCUAAAAGGUGUUUCCCUGUUGGGUGUAAAGCCUGAGUAAAUCAAGCCCUUGCACCAAGCUGGUCAGGAAGCCAGGCCUUUGUUGGACGAACAGGGGACGUGUGCUGCAGCCAAGGAGCCCCCAGCUGUUCUCACUUCCCAGGAUCAGGCAUGAAGACUGAAGCAUCUUCUGAGUGCACAAAUCAUGCAGGGCUUUGUAGGUCAAAGUCAGCCCUUCCAGUUGCACCUAGAAACUAACUGGAAGUCACUGGUGCAGGCUCUGAAGACAGGAGUUGUGUGCUUUGUAUGAGAACCACAAGUGGGUGGCUGCUUUCUUCGUUAGCUGAAAUGUCAAGUAGUCUUCAAGCGUAGCUCACUUUGCAGCGCAUUACUACCCUUCGAGCUAGUGGUGAAAGGCUGAUUAGCUGUACAAGCAAGGUCUGUAUUGGAGAGGAAGGUUCACACCCUCCUUGCCAGAUGCAGAUGAAAUAAAUGUUGGCUACUGCUGUCAGCUGAGAACCUGCUAAGACCUUCAGCUUGUCAAUCAUAGUAAUGCUAACCAUCUCAAGGGAGGGAGAAGAAAUCAUUUCUGCCUCGACGUGACCUUUAUCUUAGCUGGAGUAAGUUACAGACAACUCGUUUUUAUCCAAAUGCUGAUCUCUGCCCAUUGCUGCACCAUUUCCAUCCAACAAGAGGAGACUGGGGAGGGCAUGAGUUGGGCCAUUGUUUUCUUAACGCAUGUGCUUGGAUUCAAACACUCUUGAAAAAUAAAGGCCUUACCCCUCGUGCCAUUCUGCUCAUAGCCUGUGCUGAUAACUGAAGUCACAUGCAGUCAGUCCCAUGCCCCCUUGCUAGCUAGCAAACCCAUCAGUUUAUUAAAUCAGUGAACAGAAUCAGUGACUCUCUACCAGAAUACUUAGAGUGGGCCUGUGAGGCGUGCAUCAGCAGGGAACCUUGGGAAACUGAUGCAGGGUCCAAGUGGGAGGGAAUGUGAGGACGCAUGGAAGCUGCAUCAUGGGUAAUGCUUCGGCUUCAUGUAACACUCGAUGUAGGAAGUAUAAGCAUUUCAGGGGCUUUCAUCCUUAGCUGAAACUAUUAUUAGGUUUUCAGUGAUUAGUUCUUUCCCCAGUUGUAAUGUGAUAUCGAUCCACCUACAUUGUGUGUGGCUAAAUGCACUGAAACCUUUUGAGAUCUGGGCUAGGAAGCUGCUCCAGCAAGGCAAAAUGUUUUUCUAUAUGUGUACACAGUAUUUUAAAGUAUUGGUUCCUGUGUCCAGUGAUUUUUCACUGGGUUGUUUACACACUUCCUUCACCCAAAGACCAACCAGACAUCUAAAGCCAUUGAGCUGCUCCUUAAUGAAAUCAGAAGCGUCUCCUUUUCCCCGCUCCCCUAACCUUUAUUGAUGUUAAGUGCGUUCAUUUUAUUCCCCAUUCUCUCUCCUCAGUUCUUCCUUAGUGUUUUUUAUUGAUUUUCCUUGGACUGUAGUAUUGUUGAAGCCUGUGCUGGAAAUCCUCUGCUGCUCCAUUACCCCUGCUGGCAGCACGUUACCCAAGGAA